AUGCCUGAAGACAUGCGUCUGUUCAUUGUUUCGAAAGUAGGCACCACCUCCCCUAUCGACUACUUCAAUACAAUCAUCACUUCCAAGAGCCUCAAAUUCAGUUUUGACAACUAUUUUGUUGCCAAAGAUCUCAAACUCUCACCUUUGGUAAAGAAGCCCGCUCUAGCUACCCGAUACAAAACGUUGAUGGACAGCUGCCUCAAAGCCAACAAUGUUGAUGCUCACUUUGUUAAAGGUAUGCUUGAAUACUUCCAUUCUCAAAAUCAGUUCCUAGGUCUACAUCACAUCCGCAUAGCCUCAAAGGGUGGUCACCUCAAAGGAAGGUACGUUUAUGGUGUUCUCCUCAUGGCCAUCGGCCAAACAGAGAAAGGGGUGAAAAUCAUCAACAAACUCACUGAUGAGCAAGGUUUUUCAGUGGUGGAAGAUUGCAUGGCAAAUUUCCAGCGCUCUCUCGAACGCCCCGAUCUUCACAUGAAGGAUAUCUACGUGAGUUCCCUUCUGAAGAUGUGGCCAGAUCUAAACUGCCAUCCUCCAGAGGACAACACAGUCUGCUCCAACUGUCUCCACUUCUUUUUGCUGACCGAAUUCUUUGUGAUGAUGCUGGGCCUUAACUGA